CAUAUAUAAUAUCUUACGUAAUGUAGCAUUUAGAACAAGAAGAAAAAGCAGUUUGUCAAACGAUUCAUAAUGAAUUUAUUAGUUGUCAUUUUUUUGUGACAUUAUAUAUUCACCAUACAUAUAUCUGUAUCAAAUUCAAAUUUGAAAUCGUGAUAUUCAUAGUUCAGUGAUUGAGUAUUAUUGUUUCAACUUCACAAAUGUUUUUUAAUGAAGUAUUUUUUAUUAAAUUAGUAUGAAACUUUAAGAUAUACAGUCAGGGGAAGCAAAGUGAAUCUGUACUAGUUAACGUCGUGUUAAUGAAUGGCAUUCAUUGCCAGUCACAUGUCAUUAUAUGACUUAAUGCCUUUAUGUAUGUACAAACAUGCAUAGGUACAUAGGUAACAUAUAGAACAUAUAGCAUAUAUUGAUAUUUGAAUCCUUGAAUCUUCGUUCGCGUGUAUAUGUAUGCAUAAUGUACACAUAGUAUAUAUAAACAUACAUAUACUAUAAAUACUCGAUAUAAGUAUCGUGUAUCAAAAUGCUCACGCGCACGAGCGAUAGAGGGUCUCUACACACAGAGGCGCUUGCACGACGGCAAGUUAUUCCAGAAAAAAAUAAGUGUUUGGUGAGACCGCAUGUGUUCACGGAGAGCUGAAAUGAGAAAGAAAGAGACAACGAGGCAGUGAAGGUUAAGCUGACACACACAUUAGUCACAGACAAAUUCGGAACAGUGUGCUUUCACUGUGUUUUAAAAUCUCAUUGGUUUUUACCGGUGAAAUUCUGUUCAUACGUUUUUCAUUGCAAACGAUACGAAAACGUGACAUUUUUAUCAAUCCAUUUUUAAUUAGAGCUCGUGAUAUCAGUACUUGUAGGUGAGAAUCGAAAAUUUUUUCUGCAGUUUCAUUCCAUCUACUGAAUUCUGAAUGUACCAUUAAGAAUAAAUUGCAAACAAAAAAAUUUAUCUGAAUAAAAAAAGUAAUAAUCUAAAAACGAUAAUGCCGAUGGAAAACGGAAUAUCAGUACCUGAUGAGAAUCAAUCAUCGGCUGAUUUUAUAAAAAACGAAAUGAAUUUUGAUGUUGAUCCAAAUGAUCCACUUACCAAAGCUAGUCUAAACGAUCAUCCUGUUAAUGAGUGGAUGGAUAUUCUGGGCAAUGACCAGUUGAGAAAGAAAGUAUUAACGCCAGGUCAAGAUAAUUGUAGACCCAAUCGAUCAGAUAUGUGUGUUGUUACGUUUACUGGGAGACUGGACGAUGGAACUAUUGUUGAAUAUGAAGAGGAAUUGACCAUUCAGUUAGGAGACGUUGAAGUUGUACAGGGUCUAGAUUUAUCUUUGGCCCUAAUGAAUGUUGGAGAGGAAGCUGAAUUAAUAGUUCACCCACGAUUUGCCUAUGGUUCCUUAGGUAGAAGUGCUAUAUCAGGCAAAACAAAUUUACCAGCCAUACCACCAGAUGCAAAAAUUACGUACAAUAUUAUACUUAAAAGUGUACACAUGGAAACUGACAUUUAUGAAUUGCCAUAUGAAGAAAGAAGAAGAAUAGGAAAUCAGAAGAAAGAAAGGGGAAACUGGUGGUUUUCUCGAAAUGAAUGUACAUUGGCAAUACAGUGCUACAGAAAAGCCUUGGAAUAUCUUUCUUUAACUGGAGAAAGUGAUACGAUGGAUGAUAGAAAAUCUAGUAAUUCAGAAUCUGUCUCUGAUGCAGACUUGCAAGUAUUGCUUGAGGAUUCACUGAUUGUGCACAAUAACUUAGCUGCAGCCCAACUUAAAUGUGAAGCUUACGAUGCUGCUUUAAAGAGUGUAGAAAAUGUUCUAAGAUGUCAGCCACAAAAUGUCAAAGCAUUAUUUAGAAAAGGAAAAAUCCUCCAUUACAAGGGAGAACAUGCAAAAGCUUGUUCAGUAUUAUCACUAGCUUUGAAGAUUGAACCAGACAACAAAGCUAUCCAACAAGAGCUAUCCAUUCUCAAGAAAAAAAAUGCAAAAGAUGCAAGUAAAGAGAAGAACUUAUAUCGAAAGAUGUUAGGAGCUCCAACAGAUAAAAAACAAGACAUCAAGAGUUCAAGUAAUAAUCGCAAACUUCCUAGAAAGCUUACAUGGAGUUUGCUUGGUGGUACAAUUGUGGCUAUUGCUGGGAUAGUUGCUUACAAAUUUGCUUCUUAAGUUGAUAUUUGUUAUAGACUGAUAAAUGACUGGUUUUGAUCAAAUUCAUAUACUUAAAUCAUUCGCAAAGAAACGGUACUAAAUUAAGGUUAAAAAUAUAAAGACAUUCCAUUUAUUGGGAUAUAUAAAAGUACAUGUUGUUAAUCUUGUUACAUUUGUUCCAUGUAUUUGUAUACAAGUGUAUAUUUAAUAAAAAAAAUCUAAAAUCUACAAAUCUGUAUCACAUAAUAUUGU